AUGGGAGACAACCAAUCCUCCAACGACCAACGCAAGGAUCUAGAGAAGUACACGAUGAUACCUGCCACCGAGCUCCCCUUGACGGAGAACUGCAUUCAUUAUGAGCAGAAGCAAGAGGUCCCCUGGGAUCUACUAAAAUACUGGUCUCAACGGUACACCCUCUUCGAAGCUUACGACAGCGGCAUCUACCUCACAGACGAUGCUUGGUUUGGCGUCACCCCCGAACCAGUUGCGCAACAAAUCGCCUACGAAGUCGCCCGCGUCUCCCCGUCAAAGACGACCAUCAUAGACCUCUUCGCCGGAGUAGGAGGCAACGCCAUCCAAUUCGCCCUCUCCGAACGCUGGGACCGCGUCAUCGCCGUCGAGCGAGACGGAGACACCCUCGCCUGCGCGCAGAACAACGCCAAGAUCUACGAAAUCACAAACGAGAUCACCUGGGUCCACGCCGACAGCUUCGAGUACCUCAAACUAGCCCUGGAGCAGCCCAACAAGCUCCACGAAACGUUGCGCAUCGACCCGGCUGCGACCGUUCUGUUCGCUUCGCCACCUUGGGGUGGUCCGGGGUAUAGGACUGACGACAUAUUUAAUCUUCACGAGAUGGAACCGUAUAACCUCAAGCGGCUGCAUGAAGCAUACAAGUCCCUCGACUAUGCGCUUUACCUCCCUCGGACAAGUGACCUACGCCAGAUUGCGAGAUUGGUCCCUGACGGCAAGAAAAUCGAAGUAGUACAGUACUGCAUAGAAGGCGCAAGUAAAGCGUUGAUAGCCUGGAUCCCGGCAGAAGGAUCCCCACAUGAGACUUUUUAUUACUACGACGAGUAA